CUCGCCCACCAGUCAUAAAGCCGCAUUAACCAAGCUCAGCCAUGGCCAUCGCCGCGAAGAAGCUCGACGUGUUCUCGACCACAAGCGACUACUCCAAGACCUACGUCUUCCACGAGGAGGAUCACACGCUCGGCAAUGCGUUGCGCUACGUCCUGAUGCGCAACCCUGACGUGGAUUUCUGUGGCUACACGAUUCCGCACCCGUCAGAGCCCAAGAUGCACAUCCGUCUACAGACCCGUCAAGGUGCACCUGCCGACGAAGCGCUGCGUUCAGGUCUCACUGAUCUACGCAAGGUGUCGACGCAGAUCGGAGAUGCCUACCGCAAGGAGCUCAAGGCCUUCAAGCGCAAGAACCGCAAGAACUAGACUCUCAUCUCAGAUUGGAAACGCUGUCUUCACUCUGUAAUCAUUAACACGUAGCCUGCAUAUCUUCACCUCAGUCGUGCCUGUUAAACUGCAAUCCUCACACC